CUUCAAAGUCCUCUCCACGAUAACCAUAGACGGAGCUUCUAUGUCCGCAUGUUUGUUUGACGGCAGCGGCCCUCGCUCGGCCUUCUUCCGCCCAACCCUCUUUUUUGUUUUGGGUUUGAUUGGAUAUGGCGGUGGAUUAGGUGGCCUCACUGGCCGCAGCGACGGCGAUCCACGUUCUUUCUUCCAGAUGUGGCAUUUUAGUUUCGGCUUCUCCAUGUAUGCUCUCGAUUCACGAGAAAAAUGUGAUACUGAAAUUGCAAUCUUCCUUUUCAAUGACGUACAUUGAGAAGCACAGUCAGGCCCCGGGAGAUUUUACAUUGGAUUUUGCAACGAUAUGAAAAUUUGUGGACGAGCUUGUGUCACUUCUCAGUGCAGGGAUGAGAUGCGUCUCUGCUCUUCUUUGAUCUGCGUCGUUCCAACGGGUGGUAAACAUCCGAAUAUGGGCGGUUGACUGCAGUAUAGGUGGUUGUGAUCUGGGGAGGAUGCUCAUGGAGCUGUGGGAAAUCAGACAAGCUAGCAUACCGAUUCUUGGACUUUCCAUGGGAGAUGCCCAUAACGAGCUAACCCUUCUCCAUCUAAGGUUUAAUCCUGUUUUCGUGAAGGGCAGUUGCGUGAUGUCAAAAAUUUGUAGUGAGAAUUAGGCUGACAAAAGGGAAGUUUGAUUUAAUUGGUUAAGUAAUGAGCUUCAUAUUGCCAUCGCUUCGUAUCUCUCAAGUCCUUGCCACCUGCUCAUGCGUGCCAACAUAUUAUGGCCUCUCACACAUCGUGUUUUUAACUCCUUUUCUCUCCCUUCUGCAUGUGUUUGUGCGAAUCUUGGAUUGCAAAUUCAUUUCAAAUUUCCUGAGAUUCCUAUGAUAUCCCCCUAGUGUAAUAAUUUUUUAACUUGUUAAUCAUUUGAGACCAUUUGGUAACUGAUUAGUCAUCGAGAUCAUGACUGAGGUGGAUGUGGGGCCUCCUAUUCUGAAAGCAGCUGGUAAUAAACGGAGUUACAGGCUCAUCAGGUUGCGCAAUGGAUUAGAAGCAUUGCUAAUCUGUGACCCGGAUGUAAAUGACGUCGACGACGAGUCUACGGAAGAAGACAACGUUGAUAGAACGGAAGAUACGAACGCACAAUGUGAGUCUGACAUGUUGCUCGACUUGUCAAAUGACUCCCAGUACAAUUGCACAGGACUAGGUAGUGAGGACUUCGUGUUCAAUGCAAAGCGACGCCUGGGGUUUCAUCCAGAUGAAGAAGGGGGUCCAAGUAGAACACCCAUUUUAAAAACGAUCAAGCUGGACAAACUUACGAACAGAUUCAGGCAGGGGAAGCAGAGAAAGCACCCAAAUCUGGGCAAGGAGAGCAAGAAAGCCGAGGAACCCGAGAAGGACCUGACGAUUAAGAAUGCUGCAGCUGCCAUGUGUGUUGGAGUGGGGAGCAUGGCAGAUCCCCCAGAAGCACAAGGUCUUGCUCACUAUCUCGAGCACAUGCUAUUUAUGGGUAGCACCAAGUUCCCCGAUGAGAAUGAGUAUGAUAAAUUUCUGUCUCAGCAUGGAGGCAAUUCCAAUGCAUACACUGACCAGGAGUUCACAUGUUUCUACUUCGAUGUCAGAAACCGGAACUUAAGGGAUGCUCUGGACAGGUUUGCGCAGUUUUUUCUUUCUCCCCUUGUUAAGGUGGAUGCAAUGGAUAGAGAAAUUCAAGCCAUCGAAUCAGAGUUUGUGCAAGCUGCUGGCAAUGAUAUGAACCGCCUCUGCCAAGUGCAAUGUUAUACAGCUUUACCUUCCCAUCCGUUCCAUCGUUUCUCGUGGGGAAACAAAAAAAGCUUGCAUGAUGACCCCGUUAAUAAAGGCAUAGACAUGCGGGCCAAGCUUUUGCAGCUUUACCAUGAAGACUACAGAGCAGGACGUAUGAAACUUGUAAUACUUGGUGGAGAUUCAUUGGACACCUUGCAAAAUUGGGUGGUUAGCCUUUUCGGUCAAAUAAAAGAAGGUGGCGACGGGAGACUAAUAAUUCAUGGUGAACGCCGCAUUUGGGAGCCAAAUCGGAUGUACCGUGUGGCGGCUGGUACAGAACAGAAUUUGGUGGCACUUAAUUUUCCGCUGCCUUGCUUGGAGACCGCCUAUCUCACAAAGCCCCAUGAUUACUUUGGGCACAUUAUUGGUCAUGAAGGCCAAGGCAGCUUGUUGGCACUACUCAGAAGGAAAGGUUGGGCCCGGUCAAUGACUGCAGGUUGUGGAGAUAAUGGACUGGAAACGAACCAAAUGCUAUUCUUGUUUACAAUACGAAUUACACUUACCAAUCAUGGUGUUGAACAUGUUAUGGAGGUAAUUGGUUUACUGUUCCAAUACUUGAAAAUGUUGCGAUCCUUGGGGCCACAAGAGUGGAUCUUUCAAGAGCAGAAUGCCGUAAGCAAAUUAAAUUUUGAGCAUUUUGAGGAUCCCGCUCAGGACGAUUACGUAGCAAGCCUUGCUACCAAUAUGUUCUUGUACACGAAAGCACAUGUCUUAUACGGGGAUUAUGCACAUGAUAUUUGGGAUCCAGCUAUGAUUACUGAACUCCUAGCUCAAUUAAUCCCUGUUAACAUGCGGGCCGAUCUUUUGCUCCACCGCUUUGACAAAACAUCUUCUGAUGUUCAGAUGGAGCCGUGGUUUGAAACUGCCUUCACAGUUGAAACCAUUCCAACUGCCCUCCUAAAACUCUGGGCUGAUCCGCCCUGUGUGGACUCAUCCUUGCGUUUGCAAGAGCCCAAUAUGUUUAUUCCCCAUGACAUCACCAUUGUCCCUAGCAAAGAGGAUGGGUCAAAGAACCCAAGCUGUCUCCUUGACUCUGCUGCACUCAAAGUGUGGCACAGAUGUAAUCCAAUUUUGAACACGCCGCGGGUUAAUGCGUGCUUCUCAAUAAUGUUUUGGCCUCCCACUAAAAAAAUUAUUGAUGCAGUACUAGCUGAAUUGUACCUUAUUCGCCUGUCAAAUCAACUGAAUGAGACUCUGUAUUUGGCUGACGUUGCAAAACUGGAGACCUCGCUCAGUUUGUCGGGGUAUAGGAUAGAGUUAAAGAUAUUUGGAUUCAGCGAGAAGCUACCGGUACUUGCUCAAAAGAUCGCCAGUCAAAUGCAGAAUCUCGCUUCAACAGAGCUGGAGUUCAAGAGCAGUGUGGAGGUGUUGGCGGAAGAGUACAAACGGGCUAAUGAGAAGCCGAUUGACCAUGCCGCUUACCUUUUGACACAAGCCUUAUCCAAAAGAUUUUGGGACGUUGACCAUAGAUAUAAUUGUUUGCAAAUUCUUGCUUUCCAAGAUUUUACUAAGUUUGUUGCGAAUCUCUUCUGCAAAACAUAUAUUGAGUGUUUUGUGGACGGGAACGCUACAAAGAAGCAGGCCCUUGCUUUAGCUAAAAUUUUCAAGGAAGCUCUAGUCAGUUGUCCAUUUCCAUUACAGGAAAGGCCCACUAAUUGUGUUGUGAGGUUGCCAACUGGAACUUCAAUGCUGUAUAUGGAGAAAGUUAAAUGCGAGUUUGAAAAAAAUUCCGUAGUUCAUUCGUAUUUCCAACUUGGGCAAGAUCGAGGAAAAGAUUCCAUGAGGUUGCGGAGCUUGAUGACGUUGUUCAUCGAUAUUAUAUCUGAGCCAUUCUUCAAUCAGCUUAGAACUAAGGAACAAAUAGGAUACGUUGUAGACCUUGCUGAUGAAGACCUGCACGGAGUGCUAGGCAUCAGCUUCAUGGUUCAGUCUGCAAAAUAUAGCCCUGCUUACAUUGAGAGCCGCAUUAAUGCUUUUAUCAAGACUAUACCAAAAAUGCUGAAAGAUAUGAAGGACACCGAAUUUCAAUCUCACAAGGAAUCUCUUAUAGCCGAAAAACAAGGGUAUCCCAGUACUUUGAUCGACGAAAGUAAUGACUUCUGGGAGCAAAUCUGGACACACAGGCAUUUAUUUGAUACCAACAAGCACGUUGUGAGAGAGUUGAUAGAAGUUUCCAAAAAUGAGAUGAUAAACUGGUGUCGCCGUCUCCUAGGCGCUCGUUCGCGCUUGCGACGGCACUUGUGUAUCUAUGUCGUGGGGGUUAAUGCUCAGGAGGGUGAUGUUGAUGAUCCCGUUUGCAAAACUUCAUCAGGGGACCAAAAUGAGCCCCGAAGAACUGUGCUGAUUGAUAAUUUGGAUGAGUUCCAGAGGAAUCUUGAGAUCUAUCCCGUCCGCUUUUAGAUUCUGAAACGGCGAGCUUAAGAUCCAUUGAUCAGCAGUUUUUUACUAAUUUGUAGCCGACUCUAAACUUAUGAAAGUUGAAGGGAGACGCACAAUGAUCUCCAAAUCGUGGUUUUAAGGGGAGAGAUUCAUUUUGAACCAUCUGAUAUUUUAGGAUGAACUGUUUUUGACCCAAGCUUUGGCUGGCCAGAAAACUUCGUUUAUCUGGAUAACCUGCUUAAGUACUCGGC